GAAGUUGUUCCCCUCGACGGCUCACCUGACCAUGCACCUGCAGGUCCACAUCAGGGAGAGGCCGUACUAGUGCCACGUGUGCCACAAGGGAUUCAACCAGAAGGGGAACCUCAGGAGGCAUUACUUGGCCUUGCAUCACAAACUCAAGCCCAAUUUACAAACAGCUAUCUAGACAAGAGCCAACUGGGCCCUCCUACUGAAAAAAAUCGUCAACACAGCUGCCCAUUUUGUCAGAAAUGUUUCCCACGCAAGUGGCACCUGGAGAACCACGUUCGUACCCACACCGACGUCAGACAGUUCGUGUGUAGGUUGUGCGGGAAAACAUUCAGUGUGAAGGGAAACUUGAAGGCUCACCUGGUGACUCACGUUGGCGUGGGCAGUCAACUGAUGAUGUGAUAAUGUGACUUUGAUUCCCUUCUUGAAAAUGAGAAUUUAAUGAGCAUUAAAUGCAGCUGUUUUGGCAUAGUAUUUAAUGCACUUAAAUACACUUGUACAUUUCUAUGCCCCCCUUGGAAGAAGAGGGGGUAUAUUGUUUUGAACAUGUCGGUCGGUACCGUCCACCACAUGGUUUCCAGAUGCUAACCCAAGAACGCUUAGGCCUGGGAUCACAAAACUUCAUAGGGACAUUGGUCAUGACCGGCAGAUGACCCCUAUUGAUUUUCAGGUCACAAGGUCAAAGUUCAAGGUCACAGUGACCUGAAGCAGUAAAAUGGUUUCCGGAUAGUAACUCAAGAACACUUAGGCCUGGAAUCACGAAACUUCAUAGGGACAUUGCUCAUGACCGGCAGAUGACCCUUAUUGAUUUUCAGGUCACUAGGUCAAAGGUCAAGGUCACAGUGACCUGAAGCAGUAAAAUGGUUUUCGGAUGAUAACUCAAGAACGCUUAGGCCUGGGAUCACAAAACUUCAUAGGGACAUUGGUCAUGACCGGCAUGACCGGCAGAUGACCCCUAUUGAUUUUCAUGUCAUUAGGUCAAAGGUCAAGGUCACAGUGACCUGAUGCAGUAAAAUGGUUUCCGGUUGAUAACUCAAGAACGCUUAGGCCUGGGAUCACGAAACUUCAUAGGGACAUUGGUCAUGACUGGCAGAUGACCCCUAUUGAUUUUCAGGUCACUAGGUCAAGGUCACACAAUGGCUGCCACUACAACUGACAGCCAAUUUGGGGGUCAUGCAUGUUUUACAAACAGCCCUUGUUUCAUUUUUAUUUUGUUUUAUGUUUACAAAAAAGUGUAUUAAUACAGUGGACAAUAUACUUAAAACGCACUCACAAUGUACUGAAACAUACUUAUUUUAAGUUAAAGUGUACUUUUCGCAUAAAUAAAUACACCUUGAAAGCACAUAAGUGCAAAAAAAUACCAAAAAAAUACACCUUUUUUGUUGUCGAGUGUCAGUUGUGUGGGUUAACAUUCAGUGUGAAGUGAAACUUGAAGGCUCACAUGGUUACACACUUUGGAAGUCAACUGAUGAUGUAACAGAAAUUAAUGCGGAGGAGAAAUGUAAAAAAAAAAAUGGGCUCCAUCUUUAUCAUUGGUUAUUUGCAUUGUUAUUGUAACAUGAAAUCUUUCUUGAAUGAGAUUGUUUUAUUAUGUUGUAAUUUGUGAUGAUUUUUUCAUUGACGUUGAGGAAAACCCAUUAUGUUUUUAAGCGGUGUAUUCAAUCGUGCAGGGAAUACUGAAUACUAGUACAAUGUAAAUGUUGUGUACCACACUCAACAUGUUUUUAAACCGCUCAUUAAUAGCAUACAAAAAAAUCAACUAAAAUUCUACAUGUGAUAAUGUGACUUCAAUUGUUGUACCGUGUGACAAUGUUUUUUUUUGUUCAUUUUCAGACAUGUUUUAUUAAAACUGAAAUUAUUUUUCAACUUGAACAUUUGCUUGUAAUAAGUAAUUGUGCUGCAACCUUAGGUCUUGGCUUGUGAUAACGUGACAUUGUGAAAAUAUUUUUAAAGUUUUUUUUCCAGACAUUGUUAUCAAUCUACGCAGAAAGCGUUAAACAUAUUUUUACGUUCUUUUUCCAGACAUUUUUUUGCAAUCUACGCAGAAAGCGUUAAAAAUAUUUCUUAAGUUCUUUUUCCAGACAUUUUAUCAAUCUAUGCAGAAAGCGUUAACAAUAUUUCUUAAGUUCUUUUUCCAGACAUUUGCAUCAAUCAACGCAGAAAGCGUUAACAAUAUUUCUUAAAUUCUUUUUCUAUACAUUUUUAUUAAAACUCAACUUAUUUUGCAACUUGAACAUUUCCUUUUUAUAGGUCACUUGGUAGCAACCUGAGGUCUUGGUUUGUUAGAGGACUCUUGUUUGCUAUUUGAUCAUUAAUUUUGCAUGUCAUUUUAUUUGAAACAUAUGCAUGGUAAGGAGCUAGGUAUUAGACAUGGAAGCCACUUUUAAAACCUUGAACUAAACAAGAUAUUUUUGUAACAUCAAUAAAAGGCUUUCUGGUUUUACAUAAUAACUUACGGGUAGAUUUAUCUAUUUGAAUAAAAUCAUUGUGCACUAAA